UAACGACGGGCGAGGGGGGUGGGCCAAGUUUGCGUUCCACAACAGGAGAGAGGGCGAACGACGUCCGCGCCGCCGCGAGUAGAAACUGGCUUCGCCCUGGGAACCCUUCCCCGUUCACAUCGCCACCGAGCACGGAGAACUCGAGUGACCGGCGGGAGGAGCGCACGCUUGACAGUAGGGUUCACGAACGCGCGCUGGCGGCAGCGCGCAUUUCGGUUCAAACAGCGCCUUGCACACGCUCGGGUGAACAAUGGAGUCGCAGCAGGCCAACUUAUUCGGCGGCACGGCUGCGGCAGGAGUGCCGUGGUUUCCGCUGCGCGACAGCAGGACCGAAGGGUGGCCGCUGACCGGCAGCCCGCUGCCGGUCGCCAUCAUCACGGCCGCGUACGUCUACUUCGUCAAGGUCGCCGGACCCCGAUGGAUGUCGAGGCGCAAGCCUUACGACCUGCGGGGCUCCAUCCUCGUCUACAACCUGCUGGCCGCGCUGUUCAGCGCGUUCUUCGUGGUGCGCUUCGCCAAGCUCGCCUACUGGGACCUCGGCUACUCGUUCCUCAUGGGCCAGGACCUCAGCAACGAACCGGCCAGCAAGGAGAUCGUCCGCCUCUCCUGGUGGCUGUACAUGUUCAAGCUGUCCGAGCUGACCAGCACCGUGUUCUACGUGUUGCGGCGCAAGUACGACCAGGUGACCACGCUGCACGUGGUGCACCACGUGAUCGUCGCCUGGAACGUCUGGAUCAACGUCACCUAUGCGGCCCAGUCACACACCAUGUUCGUCGUGUGCGUGAACGGCUUCGUACACGUCCUCUCGUACCUGUACUACUUCCUGUCCGCACUCGGGCCGGCGUUCAAGAAGUGGCUCUGGUGGAAGCGCUACCUCACCAUGGUGCAGAUAGUGCAGUUUGUGCUGUACUUUGUGCACGCCGUGGGACUGAUUUUUGCCACGGGAAAUUACGUGCCCCUAUUCGUGUGGCUCGAGUUUGGCCAAGCUGUGCUGUUCUUCUCGUUGUUCGUUCUGUUCUACGUGAACUUGUAUGCCAAGGACAAAGGGGGACCGUGCGGCCCCGUCAGAGCGGACUAGACAAACGCUUCGACAAAGGCUCGGCUGGCUUGAGGAAAAACAUCAAGCACGAGCCGUGACGUGUCGUGAGAACUGAGUGUCAUUUGGGUCUCUCGUCUUUCAAGAGACCCGUGAGCAUGAGUGCGACGAAUAAACAACACCGCAGGUCGGGUUUCCUGGAUAGGGUAUGGCCUUAUAUGCAUAACACAUGAUUUCCUUGAUUGCGGCGUGUAUACAAGUCGCUCUGUUCAAUGUGAGUGUUAAUCCCUUCCCAGGCGGCAUACAAAGGACUGCGACAUUAUACGGCAACGGGUGACAUUGAAGGCACUGCAUUGAUGUUCCGUGACGCCCUGCACAGUGGUGCUAGUUUUGCCUUUUAUCAUCUUAAAUAUAUCUUGUUGACAGUCAGAAUGCUGUAAUGACGUUUACUUAUGAGCGUGUGUUUUCAUACUACUGAUGCGAGAUGUCUGUGAUAGCACUGGGAACGUGCUAGUGCAAAUGCGCAUUUCAUAUGUGAUUCCAUCAGACUGUCACAAUCAUUGUCGAGUCGAUUUGUAGAUAACUUCUGACGAAGUGCAGCUAUAGCCUUUGUAUACGUUACCACUGAUAUAAAAACAAGUUUUGGGAGUAUGAACAAACUCCGAGACUUUUACAAGAUUGUUGAAGUGGAUUAUCAAGGAAUGACAAUAAAUAUGCAUAUGAUAAACGA